UCAGUUUCAGUUUUGUGUGUAACGUACGCGUAUAAAGACGUAGUAAAGGAAACACUUUUCCAACGAACGCAAGUGAAGAUUUGAUAGAAAAAGUGAUUCAAAUUGAAUUGAACUCGAAUUUUAAAUUCAAAAAACGGAUACAAAAUUAUUUGCUCCUUAACUAUUUCGGACUACUAAGGAAUUGAGAAGAGAACUUCGAAAAUGUCUCACUCAGUGACAAUCACCAGAACGACCACCAGCACCACAAAUACAUCGUAUAUUGUGCUUAACACCGGCUACUUGAAGUCAUUUCCAGGAUUAUUGAAAUUGUUCGAGUUGUUAAUUGGAAUUGCCAUAGUUGGUAUCUUUGGCUAUUACUUCAAUAGAGCUGACACCCCCUCAGCCGAAAUCUUUAUGUUCCUCAUGGCUACAACAUUUAUGAUUGGGACAUUUUGUUUAUUACUGGCGUGUCUAACGUCACUCAGUACGGGUGGAAUUAUUUCCAAAACCAUUUAUGAACUCAUCUAUCAUAGCAUUGCGGCCAUACUGCUGCUAGCCGCUUCAGUAAACCUCGUCAUUGAAUUGAAUGACAGACGUUUUAAAUAUAGUAAACGGUACGAUGCUUAUAUGGCCGCCGGAAUUAUGGGUCUCGUGAACACGAUUCUGUACUUCAUCAGCGCAUUCCUGGCUCACCGAUCAUAUCGUGGCAUCUAAGGCCGCUGAGCGAACCAAAACAGCGCAGCGUUAGACGUUGGAUUCCCCUUCGUGGCGACGUUUCCAAAGGUGUUCAUGGAAAUCGUUUUUUUAAUUGAUAAAUUAAGUUAAAAUAUUAUCUAGAUUUAUUUAAAUUUUAAGUGAGAACGCAGAAACAAAUGAAUGAGGAUUUUUUACAACCAGUCCAAAAAAACAACUUCAAACAAAAAACCACAGAAUGAAUUAAAAAACAAACCAAAUAUUUGUUAACAAUAAAAAUGUUUUGCCUUGUCUACAUACAAUUAAGUAUAAGUGUAAACAAAAUAUACACAUGAUUAUUAUUUAAAUACUCGUCCAUUGCAUAUAUUUGCAUAUGUAAAUUAUAUUGUUCUAACAAAAGUAAAUAUGUAUUUUGUGUAAAAUGUACUUUUAUGUAAUUUUCGAAUAAAAAAUUUCUUAUUGAUGAGUGUUUGAUAC